CAAGCUUUUCCUCGCUGCUCCUGGAGCGUGUGGGCCAAAACGCGAAUGAACAUCGACCGUGGAAGUUGACUGCUGAAGUACAAAGCGCUAGGCUGAAGUAUACGAAAUUCAUGUGAGACUAGCGAGCCGCGGCCUCACUAGCCAAAGCCAGCCACCAAAAACAAAAAAAGAGAAGGCAGCAGCAGGAGCAAAAACCCACACACACUCACACACCGACAAGCGCCAGGACCCGCAUCAUCAUCAUCAUCCUUCCUGCCAGGACGUCGCCACUGCUGCCGCCCCUCCACUCCCCCCGUUGGAGUCUCGCUUCGUUUAACGCUGCUCAAAACCCAUCAUCUAACUAAUAAAGAGGACGAUAAACAAGCACAUUAAAUACCGAAGAAAGCGAAGCCGAGCUAUUAACGCUAGUCUGGGUCCCGAUUGCUGAUUGGAAAAACAUUGGCAACAUUUUUGAUUAGGAGCAACAACACAACACAACAAAAUGCCGCCAAAUGCAAAAUCGGAAGCGGACGCCAAACCGGAAGCGGAACCAGCGCCAGCGUCCGAGCCGGCAGCGGAACUGGAAUCCGUGGACCAGAAGCUGCAAGAAACACAUCACUCCAAGUUCCGUGAGGUGGACAGGCAGGAACAGGAAGUCCUUGCCGAAAAGGCGGAAGCGGCCAGUCAAAGAAUCGCACAGGUGGAAUCAACAACACGGAGUGCAACAACAGAGGCUCAGGAAUCCACUACCACCUCAUUGCCGGUGAUCAAAAAGAUCGAGCAUGUCGGCGAAGUGGUCACCGAGGUGAUCGCCGAGCGCACGGGGCUGCCCACAUGGGGCGUGGUGGCCAUCAUCAUACUCGUGUUCCUGGUCGUCUUUGGUAUAAUCUUCUUCUGUGUGCGGAGAUUCCUGAAGAAGCGAAGAACCAAAGAUGGUAAGGGUAAGAAGGGUGUCGACAUGAAGUCGGUACAGUUGUUGGGAUCGGCGUACAAGGAGAAAGUUCAGCCUGAUAUGGAGGAACUCACCGAAAAUGCCGAAGAGGGUGACGAGGAGGACAAGCAGAGCGAACAAAAGCUGGGGCGUCUCAACUUCAAGCUGGAAUACGACUUCAACUCCAAUAGUUUGGCCGUGACGGUAAUCCAAGCUGAGGAGCUGCCCGCCCUGGACAUGGGCGGUACUUCGGAUCCCUAUGUCAAGGUGUACUUGCUGCCCGACAAGAAAAAGAAGUUCGAGACCAAAGUGCACCGCAAGACCCUGAGUCCGGUCUUCAACGAAACGUUCACCUUUAAGAGUUUGCCCUAUGCCGAUGCCAUGAACAAGACGCUCGUGUUUGCCAUUUUCGACUUUGACCGCUUCUCGAAGCACGACCAGAUUGGAGAGGUGAAGGUGCCCCUGUGCACCAUUGACCUGGCACAGACGAUUGAGGAGUGGCGCGAUUUGGUCAGCGUUGAAGGGGAGGGCGGACAGGAAAAGCUGGGAGACAUCUGCUUCUCGCUGCGAUAUGUGCCGACCGCCGGAAAGCUAACCGUUGUCAUUCUGGAGGCCAAGAACUUGAAGAAGAUGGACGUGGGCGGAUUGUCUGAUCCAUAUGUGAAAAUUGCAAUCAUGCAAAAUGGCAAACGUUUGAAAAAGAAGAAGACAAGUAUCAAAAAAUGCACCCUCAACCCUUACUAUAAUGAGUCGUUCUCAUUUGAAGUACCAUUUGAACAAAUACAAAAAAUCUGUCUCGUUGUGACCGUCGUGGAUUAUGAUCGUAUUGGAACCUCCGAACCCAUCGGACGCUGCAUAUUGGGCUGUAUGGGAACCGGCACCGAGUUGCGUCACUGGUCGGACAUGUUGGCCUCGCCCCGCCGGCCCAUCGCCCAGUGGCACACCCUCAAGGAUCCCGAGGAGACCGACGAGAUCCUGAAGAACAUGAAGUAAGGCGCUACCAUGGAUAACCACUGCAGACUUACAGCACAUCUAUCAAACGUAUAAAAGUAACCAAAGAACACUUUAGCGAAUCGUCAGACAUAGAAAUCGAAUGCAUCAUCAUCAGCUACAAAUGAUCCUCCUCACCCGAAACGACAGGCAACAAUCAGCGAAAUAUCGUAGUUAAUGCAAAAAUUGUUCAUCUAUGCAGUUAUCUCAACAUAAACAUACUGGAACACACAAAACGCCGAUUAAGUAAUACCAUAGGUGUCUAAGUUAUAUCUCAUUGGUUGAACAGCAAAUCGAAGUGAAAGCUAAAAAAACCCAAUAUAUAAAGCAAUGUGUCCCAUUCACUGAAUCCGGAAUCCGAAAAUAGUUCGAUCGAUUUUACAUAAAAUCUCACAUGAAUUCAUCUCGAGAUCUAUGAAUUUGUUGUUGUCCCUGAUUGAAAAUUUCAAAAGUAUAAAAUUACGAGUAUGUUCUAUUUAAUACAAAAUCUCUAUAUACUCAAACUAUUUAAUGGAUGACCGAGAAGAGUAUAAUUUUUAAAUGUUAAGUUUACUUUGGUUUUUAAAUUAGUCCAAUGAUAAAAGGAAUCUUUCCGGUUUUAAAUUGGUUUUUCAAUCGUUGAAGGAUUACUAGUGAAUAAUAUUACUGACUAAUGAAUAUAUAAACCAAGCAAAGAACGUAAAGGCAACUUAAACUGUUAUGUAAAUUAUUUAUUAUGUUAAAAUUAUUGAGCAUUACGUACUUAACUGUGUAAGUAAAAAUCUAUGUGUGUUUAAAUGAAGUGGACAUGGCAGACAUAUUAACAGGAGGAAAGAAAGCGAAAUCAUAAAAAAUAUAUAUUAUAUAUAAAUAUUAUGUAUAACCCCUGCAUAGACUAAUGUUACGACGACCUAACAAAAUCAGACGAAUAAGUAGAAGGGAAACCAAAACAAACCGAAAACCAAAAGCAAAUAACAAAAGUUAAACUUUGAAGCGUGAUUUCAAUGGAAUAUAUCAUCAGUUUAAACUUAAAAAAAAUAUCUAACAUUUUGCACAAUGGAUUAGAUUGGUAUAUACUUUUAGUUUGGUUUGCUUUACAAUAAAUUAGGAAUAAAUAUGGCUCAGUUCAGGAAAGGUUUCCACUUACCAUUAGUUUUUCAUUUGGAAAGCUUUAUUUUACGUUCAAUUUGAAACUGUAUUUAGUAUCCACUUCUUCGUCUCAAAUCUUAAGGUUUCUCCAACUAUCUAUGAACUGUUAUUUUCUUUUCCGACUUUACCACAUUCUUUAAUUUAAAAAUCAUAUUAGGACCUAAUGAAAAUAUACAUACUAACUAAAUGAUUAUGGCAAAAUGUUAAAACAGAAAAAGAAAUAUUAAGAACAAUAAUAGUUAUUACUAUUUAUAUUAUAUUCAAGUAUAUGACAUCUAAACAAUAUACAUUUAUAUAUAUACUUAAAAAAAAUUGUGCUCUUGCUGCACAAGCCUACUAAGAAUUUGGGAUUUUUAAUAUGGAAAAGCGGCGGCAACAAAAACUUCUACCUACCUAAAAAAACACAAAUUAGCUAACUAAGCUAAAUUAAACUCUCAAAAGCAGAGCAUUCCAAAAUAAUGAAAUCAAGACAGAGGAUAAACAAUGAGCCAUGAUUUUCUGAUUUUUUCCAUAUUGAAAGUAAAUGAAAUUCAACUAAUACAUUAGAUGUUUUUUGUCCUGUAAAUGGUAUAUUAUAAUGAUAAUGAUAAAGCGUAGUUAGGGAUCUGUGUAUCCCCUGUACACACACUUACACAGUUGUAGUUAUGUUCACCGAAGCAAGAGAAAUGCAUAAAAGAAAACACAAAAAUGCAAACUUACAAAUCGAGAAAAUACCAAAAAUAUUUAUGUAAUAUAAUUCAUCUAAAUUUAACAAAUCGAAGUGGAUGCCAGGAAAAAACAAGUUAUACAACUAAUUACGAGUAUUGUUCAAUAACAAAUAAAUAACUUUGCUUUUCCAAAUAAUUACUGUAAAUUAUCUCAAACCCAAAAACAGCAACAAAAGACAAAGACACAAAACACAUAUGUAUUAAACAAAUGAUAAAUUACUAACAAAAAAUCGAAGCCUAACCACAACAGCAACAAAAUGAAACAAACAAGACAACAAACUAUAUAUACUUGCAUAUUAAACAAAUUAUAUGAAAUUAUAUAAAAUGAUGUUGAUUAUUGAUUUAAAUUAAAACUGAGAAAGUGAAUAAAACAAAUUAUAUAUACACCUAUAUAUAUAAAAUAUUAAACAAAACAAAAGCAGAAAUUUCAUUUGUGUUUUCCUUUUAGUUGGUAUAUAUUUAUUUACACAGCGUUACACUGAGCCAAACGAAAGCCGAAUCCUUUUUGCGGCCGUGUAAGUGUUAGCCCAAAACGACAUGUACAUACACACAGAGAAAACACCCACACAAACACAUGAUAACACACCCACACUGAGACACCCAUGAACUGACCAAAAGCAAGUCGAACAUAUAAAUGUAUAAUAAGUAUACGCGUAAUUGUGUAUAUGAUUACCGUUAGUUAAACAAUAUCAGUAUAUGUAAUUAUAUUGAUUUCAAAACGUUCUUAAGCAAGCAGAAUGCAGCGCAUAGCCCAUCACGAAAGCACAAAUCAGUAGAAGAAUUCAGAGAGGAGGAAAGUAAUAAGAGAAGUUAAAAAUAAAUAAGUAACUAAAAUAGGCCACAGAAAAAUAAAACAAAAAUAAAACAACAAAAUAAUGUAGCAGUCCAUGUAAUUUUAUUUUCUAGAUAUGUAUGUAUGUAAUUUAUAUUCGAUAAAUCAGGCAUUAUGCAUUUAGCAACCAGAACAAAGCAUAAAAACCGAACUACGAUUCACUAUCGAAGAAGAUCAAAAGAUCAGGAUCGAGCAUCCUACCAUUCACCAUAGUCAUAGCCCGAUUCCACUGACUAAGUCUGGCACACUCACACCGGGAAUACAAAAAUUGAUUUAUUAUAAUUGAGAAGAACAUUGGGAAAGUUUGUAAUUUGUGAAUGUAGUUUUAUUCAGUGGAAUCGGGACAUAUACAUAUAGAGCGCACCUGAGGGAAUGAUCGAGUAGCAAGUAAUGAAUAAUGAGUAACGACAAAUACAAGAUAUUGACAUAUGCGUUAUAGGUACAACAGACCCAAGAUAUAGGACAAUGUUUGAUGUUAAUAUGAGUUAAUCAGGACACCUAGAGUGCGCGUUAUAUGCAUAGAUACGAACAUACAUACAUAAUGCAGAAGAUAAGCCCUCCGAAGAGAUAAUUUUAUAUACCCAGCGAUCGGACGGGGGCAGCAAACAUUAUACAUAACCAUCGACAGCACCGCAUAGUAUGAACACACCAUACGGUAAUACAAUUAUCAACAUAACCAAACGAUAUACACAACAUACAUGGACAUAAGGUCCACCCAAGUACUUUUCGCAGGAAUUCUCCAUCCUUCGGUUCAGAUCCAGACUCUAUAAACACUCAAGCCAAAUAAAAAUGGCCGUGAAAUGCAGACAUUUGUCAUUAAAAUGUAUCAGUUGUAGAAAAUUUUAUUUCAGAUAUUUUCAAUUCAUUUUCUACAUUUUCGUAAAACUGAUUUAUUUGAAUGACAAUUUUCCACAUUUCACGGUGUUUAUUUUUUUUGAGUCUACACUUACUCGAACACUCUCAUCCAGCACUUACACUCGCGGAUAUCAUUUAUGACUCUUUCCGGAGUUUUGUUGUUUACGAUAAACUGUUUAUAGCUGUUUUUGAAUUUUAAAUAAAUUAUAUUUACUAUAUGGUAUAAAGAAGAGUAACACUAAAGCAAAACCACAUAUAAUAGUAAUAUAUGUUUUAAAUGCUAUUACCAAACGAAUCUUAAAUUGAGGCUUUGCAAAAAGAGUUGCAAGCAAAAAAAUAUUAUUGAAUAAACUGCAUAUAUAUAUACAUACUAUAAUGCAACUGUAUUGCAAAGACAAGCAUAGCAUUUUAUUUCCGAGGCAAAAAGAAUUUAACAAGACACACACGUGAACUCUAACACCUGUGUACGGUUAGCGAUAAUCGCAGGUGAGCCUAUGGCCCCAAAUUUUGCAGCCGUACCCCCAACAAUAAAAAAAGACCCAAAGCAACAGCAACAGAUAGAACGAAGAUCUAUGUAAAACACUAGCGAUGUGAACGACACAGAUAUACACAGAUACACGAGAACUAACAUAUGUGAAAUGAGACGAGAAAUGUUUAUAAACAAUAAACAAAUGUUUGAAAACUAA